UUUUUGGGGAAAACAGUGUACCCUCACCACCCCAUCGGUAGGGUUCUCUCCGGGCUUCCGGCGACUCGCCAUGGCCGGCCGCCACCGCAACCCACUUCCCCACUCCUACCCCCGCGGCGGUGGCGCUGGCAACCACCCGCAUCCUCCUCCGCUCCGCCACCCGCACCACCCCCACCUCCCGCCCCACCACCACAUCGACGACUACCGCGAGCCGCAGCGCCUGCCCCCGCGCCACCACCCCGACGACUUCCGCGACCCGCCCCGCCUGCCGCCCGGUCACCCCGACAGCUUCCUCGAGCAGCAGCAGCCGCCUCAUCUCCGCCAUUUUGCGGGCUACGGCCACGGCGGCGGCCCCCUCCCCCUGCCGCCCCAGCCGCACAUGCUGGCGGCGCUGGAGGAGCGGCUCGGCGCUGAGAUCGACGAGGCGCACGCGCUGCUCGCGCAGAACCAGCGGCUGGCCGCGACGCACGUGGCGCUCGUGCAGGAGGUCGCCGCCGCGCGGCACGAGCUCGGCCACACCGCGCGCGCUCUGGCCUCCGCUCAGGAGGAGGGCGACCUACGUCUUCGCGAGGUCUAUGAGAGAUCAAUGAAGAUGGAAGCAGAGCUUCGGGCAGUACAUGAAAUGAGAGCAGAGCUUGCACAAGAUCGUCUGUACAUUCAAAACCUGGGUGCAGCAAGGCAGGAACUCAUGGGCCAGGUCCAGGGGUUAACACAGGAUUUGGCUCGUUCAGCAGAAGACUUGCAGAAGGUGUCUGCACUAAAAGCUGAGAUCCAGGAGAUCAAACACGAAACACAGCAUUUGAGAUCUGGUAUUGAGCUUGAGAAGAAAGGAUAUGCCGAGAGUUAUGAGCAGGGACAAGAGAUGCAGAAGAAUUUAAUUUCAGUGGCUUCUGAAGUGGAGAAACUCCGAGCUGAGGUUGCUAACGCGGAGAACAGAUCACGGGCCGUUAUGUCUGCAGGAAAUCAAGGUUAUGUUGGAAGCUAUGGGAAUCCCAAGGGCAAUUUUGCCCCAAAUCCUUAUAACACUGGUUACAGCAUGAAUCAAGCAAAUGCUGCUGAUUCUGCCUCCCAGUAUGGACCUGGCGCAACACAUGCUUCAUGGGGUGCCUAUGACAUGCAAAGGGCAUCUGGGCGGAGAUAAAUACCAAUUUGCUUGCCCAUUCACUAAAGUGUACACACAUAACUUUGGCCGUGACUUCCAUGUGAAUGUUGUGGUAGAUAGAGCACAGCUUUGACAAAUGGCACACAGAUUUACUUCCAGCUUAUCUUCCUAUCGGCCUGUAUAAGUGAAUAUAUAUACUUUCUGCCGAUGAAGUCAAUGUGGUGAUUGUUUGUGUAUGAAUCGAGAUAUUGACUCGAGCGCGAAUGGUUAUCAGUGGGGUACGAGCGAUGUGAUGUU